AUGGACAAGGCCAAAUCUUCCAAAGCUCUUCGCACCCUCUUAGAGUCCUAUGCCUCUCUAAACUACCCUCCAACAUCUAUAGAAUACCUAAACGUCCCACCAACCCCUCUCGCAUUCCACCAAAUCGUCUCGAGGAACCGUCCGGUCAUAAUCCGUAAUGCCAUGACCGAUUGGCCGGCAUAUACAACCAACAAAUGGACACCAGAAUACUUAUCUUCUACAAUGGGGGAGAUGGAGGUUAUUGUCGCAGAGACACCGAAAGGCAACGCAGAUUCUAUUGUCACCCAUGAAGGAACUCGAUACUUCGUAAAACCCCAUACAACGUCCUACCCCCUCACAACCUUCCUCUCCCUCCUAAAAUCCACAACCACAGACCCCAAUCCAUCCACAGUCCUCUACGCCCAAUCCCAAGAUUCAAACCUCGCAUCCGAAUACUUUCCAAUAUCCCAGGAUAUCCCACCAACAAUACCCUGGGCAUCAAUAGCCCUUUCUCAACGGUUACCGGAUGCGACAAAUAUCUGGAUAGGUAAUCAUCAUAGUGUAAGUUCUUUACACAAAGACCCUUAUCAGAAUUUAUACGGGGUUUUGUUGGGGACGAAGAUAUUUUACUUGGUUAGUCCGCUGGGUGUUGCUGGUGUUAAGGAGGAGAAGGUUAGGAGUGCUACUUAUGUUAGGAAUAGGGAGGGGUUUGAUAUUAUUCCUGAUUCUGUAUCUUCUUCGAAUAACUCGGACAAGGGGGGAGAGGAAGAAGAAGAACAGGAGGAGGAAGAAGAGGGAAUGAUAACUUGGCCCUCUAUUUCCCUCGAUGACUACUUUUCACUCCCGGAAUCAGAACGUUCAACCCAAGUCGAAGAUGUUUCUGAUACAGAUCCCUGGAAAUGGACUAAACUAUCCGCACCGAUAAGAGUGGAGGUUAAAGCCGGGGAAAUGUUGUAUUUACCGGCCUUAUGGUAUCAUCAAGUUGCUCAAACGGUUGAUGAAGAUGAAGGGGUUUGUGUCGCGGUUAAUUACUGGUAUGAUAUGGACUUUUCUGGCCCAUUUGUUUCGAUGGUGAAUUAUGUCCGGGAUAUGACGGAAGUUGUUACGAACUCGUAA